UUUUAUGAACAACAAAGGUGUCUUUAGGCCAUAAAGCAACGUAGCAUAUCCAGCUGAAUCACUGGCAUCUUCCUGGAACAGUAGCCAACAAGAUGUUCAAAUUAUUUUCAAGUCUUUUUGUACUCUCCUUAGUUAUUUUUCCAGCAGUAGUGCUUUUCAACAAUGGAUGCGCAUUAGCACAGGAAGAUCAAACUGAUGAUGAGAUAGAAACUGGUGACCCAGAGGCCACUGCAACAACUGAUGAAGAUACUGAGUCCAAGGUUGAAACUGAAGAUGAUGGUACAGAAGCCCCUGCAGAAGAAACUGAAAAGGCUGAAAGUGCAGAAGAUGAAAGUGAAGUAACUGGCUUAAGAUCUCAUCCAGAUGUUGAACUUUCUGUCUUAUUCCCAAGUUUCCCUGAUAAACAGCUCCCUGCUGGAAAACCCAUCAAUGCCCUUAUUGGUUUUGCAAACAGAGGUCUUCGAGAUUUUACAUUUGAGACCAUUGAUGCCUCAUUCAGAUACCCACAAGAUUACAGUUACUCUGUACAAAACUUCACUGGAUAUCGCUACAACCGACUGGUUGAGCAAAACCAUGAGGCUGCUUUUGAGUACAACUUUCAUCCCCAUGAAUCUUACGGAGGACGUCCAUUUGGUCUAGUCAUAAUGGCAACAUAUAAAGAUGAUCUUGGCACUGAAUACGGAGGAGCUGUCUUCAAUGAAACUAUAACUUUCCAAGAAUUAGAUGAAAGUUUCGAUGGGGAAACGUUCUUCCUGUAUGUGUUUUUGGCUGCUCUUGCUCUUCUAGUCAUUUUUGGAGUUAAUUAUGCUUUUUCAUCGGCAAAGGGAAAGAAGACACAAUCCAAAUCGUCCCCAGUUGAGGUUGGGACUCAGCAUGGUGAUGUGGACUAUGACUGGCUGCCAAAAGAAACUACCACCGAUUUCAGUAAAUCCUCUCCAAGAAGAUCACCAAGACAACGAAAGGUUAAGCGCAGCUCAGGAUCUGGGGAUGAAUGAUUACAACUUGAUAGCUAUUGAAAUAUGAACAAUUUUUUUAUUUUUUGUCAGAAAGAGAUGACAACGAAUGUCAGACGGGCAAGAUGUAAUUUCCAAAACCUUUUUUGAUCUUUCCAAUUAAUGUCUUUUUAAAAAUAUUGUGGCUAAAUUAUUAAAUUUGUUUAAGACAAGAGAUAAAAAACUGUGCGAAAUUGUAAGUGUUGAAGCAAUAUCAGGUAAUUUGACUCGUCUUAUCCAACACAAAAAAACUCAACCUUGCUAUUUGAUCUACUUUUUCUUCCCUUGAGGUAGCACUUUCAGAUUUUAUGCUGUUGUAGCUUUAUCAAGUAUUUUUAAAAACAUUGUUUUUGCCUUUUAUAAAAAGUUGAGGAAGUGUCGUUGCGAAGCAAGAUAAGUAACAGAAUGUUUCGAUCUUUGAUCUUCGUUGCUUUCAGGGUAAAGUUCUCACUUAAUGGCGAGAAUAUAACUUCUUACUGCUUUUAUGAAGUUUUACAAGGCCCCUUUUUUGUUACGUAGAAGCUGGCCAGUACUUUUAUAAUUGCUUGAUAAUGUUGUUAAGAAAUAUUAACUGUUAUUUUGCUUCCAAUACAGAAGCUUUUCGUGCACCCCUGUCCCCUUUAUUUUGUUCUGAAUACCCAGUUCAUUUUCAUAUUUGUCUUGAUUCUCGUUAAAUAAACAUUCAUUUAAUUACAAGACUAUUUCCUGUAGGAAAAUAAUAACACAAAUAUUGUGGUAAUUGAGUAAUCGUAGAUUGCCGCUUAUUUUGAUGGAUUUACAAAGAGUAUUGUUUCUUUCUGAUAGAAA